AUUAUGCUUGUUAUAAAUUGGACGCAGAACUGAUAGUUUAACACAGCAAAGACAGAGAUCAUCAUCAUCAUCAUCAUCAUCAUCAUGAAGACUCUUUGCUUCACCCUGGGACUGCUGCUACUCACUGUCUGCUGGUGCAACGCCAUGCCCCAAGCAGUGCACUUCAGCACAGCACCUCGCGACAGCACAGCACCUCACACCUGCUGCCCAAACGUUUCCAAACAACGUUUACCAUUCGAGCGUGUGACCAGCAUAACUGUGACCCACAGCUCCUGUCCGAAUCAGGCAUACAUAGUCCAAACAGUUAAAGGGAGAAAGAUCUGCUACGAAUACAAUUCCACGUGGGCUCAGGACGUCUACAAUCGGCUCAACUGAGGGUGGUGGUACACAGAAGUAUUAGCGAUGUGUUAUUGUGUAAUAAUAUAAUAGUGACAUACCCAUGUCUGGUUUUGCAGAUCUAAAUGGAUCUGAUGCAUUGCAUUUACUAGGGUUACUGUAUGUCAUGUUUUUUGAGCUGUGAAAUAAAAUGUUAAAUGGU